UUGCAGUUUCAUCCCAUUCCCCCUUGUUCUGUCACUUCAGUUGCUGACAAAGAGUCCUCUCCCACUUCCCUGUAGGUCAGGAUGUUCCUGCAGGGUCACACAUGUGGCUGAAGCUGCAGCCAGGAGAGAGAGAAGCCAAGCUGCCAGAGAGAGGCAAUGGGGAAAGUGACAUGAGAGAUGAGAGAAGAAGGAAAAAGUAGAGACAUGCAAGGCAUUGGGUUGGGUGGGCUGUGGCAUUCAUGCCUUUUAUUAGAGGCCAGGUUCUCUGGUGCACUCAAUGACUGUGUGAUUGCGGCGUGUCCACAGUGAGCCCGUGUGAGCGAGCUGCACUCCCAGAGGCCGGAGCACACUUGCUUCAAGUGCUGAUGAAUGAGGCCAGAGAUGGGUCUUUGUGUGGAACUCCAAACGCUGUGCAUUGCCAUGAAGAGUGUUGUCCUGGGUUGACUAUAUGAUGCUUUUAUCCCCAAUCGUCUUGUUCUGUUUACGCUGAAUAAUAUGUUUUAAACCUUUAAGACUCUCUUCCAGACAGUGAGGACGGGAGGGAAGAAGCGCACAGUUUGUUUUCAGACUGCUCUCACUCCUCCACAUUCCUGCUCCUGGACUGUGUUGUCUGCGGAUGGACAGACAGCCGGACAGAGCUCCUUUUUCCCUAUUUUCUUGCUUUUAGUUAGUUUUACCUAGCUGAAGCAAAGAAGUUCCCUGGACUGUGAUUUUUUCCUUUUUUCUUGGACCUGUUCAAGCUUGCUCUGGACUGAACACCCAGAAGAGCACCGGCAGCUCCACCUGUAGCCCCUGGCCAGGCCUAGGCCGCGGCGUUUCCAGCACCAGAGACUGAUCAGAGACUGAGUGAGCCAAGCUGCAACCAGGAGAGAGGACUGUUCUGAGUUUGCUUUCCUUGGAUCAGUGAGAAGUUUUAUUGUUUAAUAUUGUUUGGUUUCUAUUGUUUAAUAAACAGGUUUCUUUCCACUUUUCUCCAAAGAAAUAUUUUCUCCUGAACCGGUUGGAGGGUGGAGGGGCAAUUGGAUCUGCUUUUGUAGAGAAGCCCCUUUGGGAGUUAUCUCCCAAACUUGCCCUAAACCAAGACAAAUACAGCUAGUGGCGCCCAACGCGUGGCUUGAGAAAGUGGAAAAAAACCCUUUAUUGAUUGUAGGUUUGUUGUGCUUGGUGUGUAGUAGGUUAAAGUACCCAGUAGCCAUGUUAUUUGAAUUUGUAAUGUCUCUUGGGGAGGCCUUUAUGUGGCUCUGGUCUCUAGACCUUUUUGAGGUUUCAAUACCUUUCUGGUCACUAGGAUUAUUGUCCCUAUCACGUAGUUUUUGCGGUAAAGGGGCAUGGAUUAGAUUAGCUAUUGUGUUAGCCUUGGUGAUAAUGAUUUAUAAGGCGUUUACAAAAAUACUGGCGUCUGUUUACGAUAUGUAUGGUUUAUGGUUUCUUCGUCUUACCCUGCAUCCCAGUUCUAGCAGUAUGUUUUGGGAAUUUAUUAGUAAUUGCACCCAGCUGGUUAGAGGAGGAGCAGGGAAUGAGGCUUUCCAGCCUUUCCUUUCCUUCUUCUCCUUUGAAUCUGUUAUGUCACUUGUAGAGAAUGUUCAGUUUCCCCUGAAUAUUAAAGAGACCAUCUUUCUGGCAUUUAAUCUAGUAGGCUUCCUCUAUAUGGUCUGCAGCUUCUCUAGAAUGAGGGCUGAGAUGUCUAGAAGAGCUGAUGAGACCCCUGACCCAGAAGUAGACGCACGUGUGGAGAAUCCUGAGUGGGGUGGAGAAUGGGAAAAUAUGAGCCAAAUCCUGAAAGAAUUCUCUGACCCUAUAGUCUGGGACUUUCCCCAUGAACAAAUUCAGAACCCAGCUGAAGUGGGGAAAUAUCUGAAAGAGAAGUAUCUCAAUGAUAGCCCUAAGGAGAAAAGGAUCAUUGCAGUGAGCUGGGCCCUAGCAUAUGCUUAUCGUACACUGCUAGAUACUCUAGGGCAGCAGACCGAGGAACGGGGGCAGGGAGAUACAUCAAGAGCUAUCCCAAUCGCUCAAGUUGCAACCAACACCCCAAGCUCAAAACCAGCAGCUAAACCACAUAGUGAACCUAAGCCAGUGGUUAAACCAAACAAUAAGCCUCAACCAAUAGCUGUUGCUACUAGCACUAAAAGUAAGAAGUGCACAGACAAGACCGAUCGACCAAUAGAUGAUAAUGAUGAUGAUGCAAAAGAAAGACCCUCAACAUUUCCUAACAUAAAAUCAGGAGUCAAAGCAACUAACACAAAAUCAGAAGCCAAUAUUAAGUCCUUCUCCCUAAAAGACCUGCGUGGCCUAAGGAAGGAUUACACCCGACGAUCUGAUAAAUCCAUAAUUAGCUGGUUAGUCUGUCUUUAAAAUGCUGCAAGCGAAGCUACAAUUCUGAAUAACACAGAAGCGAAGCAUUUGAGAUCCCUGUCACAUGAUCCUGUCAUUGACCAAAGCAUGAUGAGGGGGGCUAACCCUCACAGCCUCUGGGUACGGGUCUUAAACAGUGUAGCGCAAAGAUACCUGUGUGCCGAUGAUCUCUACAUGCAGCAAACACAGUAAAAAACCAUAGAACAAAAGAUUCAACGCUUGAAAAAAAUAACAAUAAGAGAAAUUAUAUUCUCAGAUGACAUAACAACUAAAAAUCCAGACUUAGUACCAUGCACAUCUGUGAUGUGGCGAAAACUAGUACAACUUGAACCACAUGAAUAUGCAUCUGCUCUAGCUAUCAUAAAGCGAGAUAACACGGAUGAGACUGUGCUUGACAUGGCAAAGAAACUCCGAGCUUAUGCAGAUGCUGUGCAUAGCCCCACACAUGCCAGAAUCGCAGCGGUGGAAACACGUCUGCAGAGAUUAGAAGAUAAGAUAAAAAAGAAUCAUAAGAAGCUUAGAAAAGAGAUUAAAGAAAACCUUCUCCAAAUCUCAGCAGUACAGAUCAGAGGUUCUAGUACCCAAUGCAGACGUUCCCCAGAUGGAGAAAGAAAGUACACCCCACGAGCUGAGCUGUGGUUCUUUCUGCGUAAUUGUAGAGAAAACAUGAAGCUAUAAGAUGAAAAAUCCACCGCUGCUCUGGCCCGAAAAGUACGUGAAUUAAAAGAAGACAAAGCUCAGAGAAGAAGUUCCACCACAAGGAAAGCAGCUCCAGUUACCCAUAGCCAAACUGCCAGGUAUGAUAAUAAUAAUGACAUGUCUAAUCCCCUUGAAAAAACCUCUAAGACAUAUGCCCAAAGAAAGAAAGAUAACCAAGCUUAGAGGAGCCCUGCCGCUAGCCAAGUAGAAGCUAAAAAAAAUCGUGUUUUCUGGACAGUAUAGAUUCGUUGGCCUGGCACAUCAGAACCACAAAAGUAUAAAGCUUUAGUCAACACUGGUGCACAGUGUACCAUAAUUCCAUCAAGACACGUAGGGACAGAAUCCGUUUCUAUCGCUGGUGUGACAGGGAGAUCACAAGACUUCACUUUAGUAGAAGCUGAUGUGAGCUUGACUGAGAAUGAGUAGAAGAAACAUCCUAUUGUGACUGGCCCAAAAGCCCCAUGUAUCCUGGGCAUAGAUUAUCUGUGAAGUAGGUAUUUCAAAGACCCAAAAGGACUGAAGUAAGCAUUUAAGAUAGCAACUAUAGUAACAGAGGGCGUCCAGCAAUUGAAUACCUUGCCUAGACUGUCUGAAAAUCCAUCUACAAUAAAGCUUCUAAAGAGAAAAGAACAACAAGUACCAAUUGCCACUUCCACAGUACAUCAUCGACAAUAUAAAACCACUCGAGAUGCUGUAAUUCCCAUCCAUAAGAUGAUGCGAGAGCUAGAGAGCCAAAGAAUAGUCAACAAAACCCACUCACCCUUCAACAGCCCCAUCUAGCCUGUGCAUAAAUCUAAAAGAGAAUAGAGACUGACGGUUAACUACCGUGCAUUAAAUAAAGUGAGUCCACCACUGAGCGCUGCUGUGCCAGACAUAUUAGAGCUCCAGUAUGAGCUUGAGUCCAAAGCAGCGAAGUAGUAUGCCACUAUCAAUAUUGCCAAUACAUUUUUCUCCAUUCUGCUGACAGCAGAAUGCAAGCCUCAGUUUGCCUUCACCUAGAGAGGUGUGCAGUACACUUGAAACCGACUGCCCCAGGAGUAGAAGCACAGUCCUACCAUCUGCCAUAGACUGAUCCAAAGUACACUAGAAAAAGGUAAAACUCCAGAACAUCUGCAGUAUAUUGAUGACAUCAUUAUAUAGGGGAAGACAGCAGCAGAAGUGUUUGAGAAAAGAGAGAAAAUUAUCCAAAUUCUCCUGAAAGCCGGCUUUACCAUCAAGAAGAGCAAAGUCAAAAGACCUGCUCAAGAAAUCCAGUUUCUAAGAGUAAAGUAGCAAGACGAACAGCGUCAGAUUCCCACUGAUGUCAUCAACAAGAUAACAGCAAUGUCUCCACCAUCCAACAAGAAGGAAACACAAGCUUUCCUAAGUGCCAUAGGUUUUUAGAAAAUGCACAUUCCUGAAUAUAGUCAAAUCGUGAGCCCUCUCUAUCUAGUCACCCAUAAAAAGAACACUUUCCACUAGAGCCCUGAACAGCAACAAGCCUUCGUCCAAAUUAAGCAAAAAAUCGCUCAUGCAGUAACCCUUAGCCCAGUCAAAACAAGACCAGAUGUGAAAAAUGUGCUCUAUUCUACAGCCGGGAACCAUGGUUUGUCCUAGAACUUGUAGCAGAAAGUGCCUGAAGAGACUCGAAGCCGACCACUGGGAUUUUAGAGUCGAAACUACAGAAAGUCUGAAGCCAACUAUACUCCAACAGAGAAAGAAAUUUUAGCAACCUAUAAAAGAGUCCAAACUGCCUCAGAAGUAAUAAACACCGAAGCACAACUCCUCCUGGCACCCCGACUACCAGUACUGGGGUGGAUGUUCAAAGCAAAAGUUCCCUCUACCCACCAUGCCACCAGUGCUACAUAAAAUAAGUAGAUUGCUCUCAUAACACAGCGUGCCCGUAUUAGAAAGCUGAAUCGCCCUGAAAUUCUAGAAAUAAUUACAAACUAGCCAGAAAGUAAAAACUUCAGUCUCACUGAUAAAGAAGAACAAGAAAUGACACAUGCUGAAGAAGCUCCUCCAUAUAACCAACUGCCAGCGGAAGAAACACAAUAUGCUCUUUUUACUGAUGGUUCCUGUCGCAUGGUAGGAAUGAAUCGGAAGUGGAAAGCAGCCGUAUGGAGCCCCACACGACAGGUUGCAGAGGCCACUGAAGGAGAAGAUGGAUCAAGCCAACUUGCUGAACUCAAAGCUGUUCAACUGGCCUUGGACAUUGCUGAAAGAGAGAGGUGGCCAAAGCUCUACCUCUACACUGAUUCAUGGAUGGUAGCCAACACUCUGUGGGGAUGGCUGGAGAGGUGGAAAGAGGCUAAUUGGCAGCGUAGAGGAAAACCAGUUUGGGCUGUUGAAGAGUGGAAAGACAUCGCUACCAGGGUAGGGAGGCUACCUGUGAAGGUCCGCCAUGUAGAUGCCCAUGUCCUCAAGAGUAGAGCUAAUGAGGAGCACAAGAACAAUGAGCAGGUAGACCAGGCUGCAAAGAUAGGGGUGUCCAAGACAAACCUAGAUUGGGAGCAUAAGGGAGAGUUAUUCCUAGCUCGAUGGGCCCAUGAUGCCUCAGGUCAUCAGGGUAGAGAUGCCACCUAUAAGAGGGCACGAGACCGAGGAGUGGAUUUAACCAUGGACAGUAUUUCUCAAGUUAUCCACAACUGUGAGACGUGUGCUGCCGUCAAACAGGCCAAGCGGAUGAAGCCCCUAUGGUAUGGUGGGCGGUGGUCCAAGUACAAGUAUGGGGAGGCCUGGCAGAUUGACUACAUCACACUGCCCCAGACACGCCAAGGCAAGCGCUACGUGCUCACAAUGGUAGAAGCCACCACAGGAUGGUUGGAGACCUACCCUGUGCCUCAUGCUACUGCCCAGAACACCAUCCUGUGCCUGGAAAAGCAAGUCCUGUGGAGACAUGGUACCCCUGAGAGGACUGAGUCAGACAACAGGACUCAUUUCAAGAACAGCCUUAUCAGCACCUGGGCCAGAGAACAUGGCAUUGAGUGGGUGUACCAUAACCCCUACCAUGCACCAGCUGCGGGAAAAGUGGAAAGACUCUCUUCCAGACAGUGAAGAGGGGAGGGAAGAAGCGCACAGUUUGUUUUCAGACUGCUCUCACUCCUCCACAUUCCUGCUCCUGGACUGUGUAUUCUGCGGAUGGACAGACAGCCGGACAGAGCUCCUUUUUCCCUAUUUUCUUGCUUUUAGUUAGUUUUACCUAGCUGAAGCAAAGAAGUUCCCUGGACUGUGAUUUUUUCCUUUUUUCUUGGACCUGUUCAAGCCUGCUCUGCACUGAACACCCAGAAGAGCACCAGCAGCUCCACCUGUAGCCCCCCUGUCUGGGCCUGGGCAGCAGCAUUUCCAGCACCAGAGAGACUGAUCAAAGACUGAGUGAGCCGAGCUGCAACCCAGGGAGGUGGCUGUUCUGAGUUUGCUUGUUUUUUUGGAUCAGUGAAAAGUUUUGUUGUUUAAUAUUGUUUGGUUUCUAUUGUUUAAUAAACAGGUUUCUUUCCACUUUUUCUCCAAGGAGAUAUUUUCUCCCAAACUGGUUGGAGGGUGGAGGGGCAAUUGAAUCUGCUUUUGUAGAGAAGCCCCUUUGGGGGUUAUCUCCCAAAUUUUCCCUAAACCAGGACAAAGUCCAAGGGACAAAUUUGUGCCAAUGAACUUCACACCUUGAACUAGGAGGAUCAAUUCUUGUUGUGCUCAGCAGAGUCUGGGGACAGAGAGGGUUU